AUUAGCUGGUUAAAGUUGCUGUUUUUGAGGCUGCGCGUCUCCUGAAACCACUUAAACUCGUCGAUAACAGCGUCAGUUGGGCAAACGUUGCGGCACAAUAUGUUAAAUGAGCUUUACGUGAUGUGACGCGUUUGCUUUGCAGUUAAUGAAUGGCUACGUUGCUACUAAAACCAACAACUCGUAAAGCAUGGCAAUGACUGGCCAGAGCUCGUGCUCCUCUAUGAGUAACCACACAAAGGAGCGGGUCACUAUGGCCAAAGUGACCCUGGAGAACUUCUACAGCAACCUCAUCGCCCAGCAUGAGGAGAGAGAGAUGAGACAACAGAAGCUCGAGAAAGUGAUGGACCAGGAGGGUUUGGCUGAUGAAGAGAAACGCAUCCGACGCUCUCAGCAUGCAAGAAAAGAGACAGAGUUCCUGCGUCUGAAAAGAACUCGACUGGGUCUGGAUGACUUUGAGUCCCUGAAGGUGAUCGGACGAGGAGCUUUUGGAGAGGUUCGUCUGGUGCAGAAGAAAGACACAGGUCACGUCUAUGCCAUGAAGAUCCUCCGAAAAGCUGACAUGCUGGAGAAAGAACAGGUUGGUCAUAUCCGGGCUGAGCGGGAUAUUCUGGUGGAGGCAGACAGUCUGUGGGUGGUCAAGAUGUUCUACAGUUUCCAGGAUAAGAUGAACCUUUACCUCAUCAUGGAGUUCCUGCCUGGAGGAGACAUGAUGACUCUGCUGAUGAAGAAGGACACGCUUACAGAAGAAGCCACUCAGUUCUACAUAGCAGAGACAGUGCUGGCCAUUGAUUCCAUCCACCAGCUGGGCUUCAUCCACAGAGACAUCAAACCAGACAACCUGCUGCUGGACUCCAGGGGUCAUGUGAAGCUGUCUGACUUUGGUCUGUGCACCGGGCUGAAGAGAGCUCACCGCACCGAGUUCUACAAAAACCUGAACCACAGCCUGCCCAGUGACCUCAGUAAACAAACCUUUCAGAACAUGAACUCCAAGAGGAAAGCAGAGACUUGGAAGAGGAACAGGAGGCAGCUGGCUUUUUCGACGGUGGGAACCCCAGACUACAUCGCUCCAGAGGUCUUUAUGCAAAAUGGAUACAACAAGCUCUGCGACUGGUGGAGUCUGGGUGUCAUCAUGUACGAGAUGCUGAUAGGUUACCCUCCGUUCUGCUCAGAGACACCGCAGGAGACGUACAGGAAAGUGAUGAACUGGCGAGAGACGCUCACUUUUCCUCCAGAGGUUCCCAUAUCAGAGAAGGCCAAAGACCUCAUCCUCAGGUUCUGCUGUGAGGAGGAGCACAGAAUCGGGGCUACAGGUGUCGAGGAUAUCAAGUCCAAUCCUUUCUUUGAGGGCGUGGACUAUGACCAUAUCAGGGAGAGACCUGCUGCCAUUCCCAUAGAGAUCAAAAGCAUCGACGACACUUCCCACUUUGACGAGUUCCCAGAUUCAGACAUUCUCACACCAACUUCAGUCGCCCCGGUGUCCAACCAGACGGAGGUGGACCUGAAGAACAAGGACUGGGUCUUCAUCAACUACACGUACAAACGCUUUGAAGGCCUGACCGCUCGAGGAGCUAUACCGUCCUACAUGAAGUCAGGCAAGAGAUGAGCAACCCUGGCUUUUGUACAACACCAUCAUGGAACCCCAUUAAGUCGUCCGAACCCUUGCUGUCUGAAGAACUGAGAGUCUCUGUGGUACCUGACUGACGUGGAGAACUCCUCGUCACGCAGGACUUUGCAAAUAAUAAAAGGGGCUCAGUUACAUCUGUUGCUUUCCACCGUAGGAACUGCUGCCUUCAUUUCCUGCAGGUCUUAGUCUUUUCUCUGAUGCUUCCGAGGUACUGCUCUACUUCCUGCUUCUACCUGAAAACACACCUGUGGGAUUAAAAGUGAUUGCGAUUCUCUCCGCUCGCCUUUCUCACCAGUGGAUGAAGUGGGAUGUCUUCACUCCAGAUACCAGCAUCAUCUACAUUCCCUCUUUUUAAAAGAACCCCAGCACCAAGUCUGUUGGACCUGAACCGGGACAUCCUCUCCAUUCACUGCUCCUGUUUUAACUCAAACAUUAUUAUCAGUGGUCACUUGAAGUGAAUCAGCUGCUCUUCAGGGAUUCUGUCCACGUUUUUUCUUUGUCACGUUCUAUAAGAGCUCAGUGUGAGGCUGCGGGCUCUUUGAGACGAUUCAACCAAAGACCUUUUUCCUGUAACUUCCACGUGUCCUUUAAUGGAACGAUAUUCUCAAAUAGUAGUACGAGUAUAUACGAGAAUGAUGCAUUUUUUUGCGGAACAAACGCGAGAUACUAUUUUUACACUAUGUUCACUUAGCUUCUGCACCUUCUGUGAUGUUUUAUCCGACAUGCGCUGCUUCUCCGGUUUGUGUUUGGUUUUGGAAAAGAAAAAAACCAGGACGCUGUCUCGUAACUGAAGCCACAAGCUCUCCACAGACGUCUCUCUGUAAAUCGAUCAAACAUGCAACACAGCGACAGAGUAACUGACGCAGUUCUCACAGCUGCUGUUAAAAGCAGAGCGGCCGCACAAGCGCUCGCCGUUGGUAGGUCGCGCUGAUUAACUCAAGGAAAACUUUGUGUUGAGAAUAGUUACUGAUCCUGGAAAUGGAGAUUACCAACACCCCCCCCCAAACACACUGAUUCUUGCAACUAGUCCUCAUAGGACACUGCAUUCAUUUCACAAGCCGAAACAAAAGCAUUAUCCCUAAACUUAAACUAACCACAAGUCAAAUCUCAGCUUAACCAGCUCCUCACAAAUGAGGUUCCAGGUUUUGGUCUCUGUGAGGACUACUGGUCCUGACAAGGUCAGUUUUUAUGUCAGGAAAAGUCCUAAAGAGGCAACAAAUACGAGAACACACACACACCAGCUGACACUGACUCUUUGUUUUUAAUGUAACCCUGCCAGUGUCUCAGGGACCAAUUCCUUUAUCCUGCUUAUUAAGAUUGAAUUUCUUUUAAAUACUGAAAUCUAACCCCUAAAACCCCUAAAAAGUCUUAACCCAAGUUGUGAGGACCAGCCAAAAUGUCCUCACUUUCUAGUUUGGUCAUAAAUAUAUACAAAAAAUGCUGCGUCCACAAGACUUUGAGUUUUGGUUAAUUUUUUAGAUUUUGUUAUUAAGGCCUUUGCGCAUCAAUGGUGACACGAAACAAAAGGCACCCAGUUGCAAAUAACGUAGAGGUGAUGUUAAUAAGCACAACUCAUAUAAACAGAUACAUUAUUAUUAAAUAACCAGAUAAAAAUGAUGUCAGUGGAAGAAACAGUAAUGUACUAUCAGAUAUCAGUAAACCACCAACUGCCCCCUCGACUUCUACGGUGGCACGCCCUCUCCAACUAUUUAUUUUUGCACAUUGAAGACAAUUUCUAUCUAAAUCUGCUGCGACACCAGUAUAAGAAGUCAGUUUGACUACAGAAGAGACUAAAUGAGCUCUGCAGGUGGGCACAGCGGAAAAACACAGCUAUAUAUCAGCAAAAAGUCCAAUCUCGUGCAUCUUAAUGUCCAAAUAAAAGUAAUACCUGGGAACAGCUGAUUCUUUAAAAAGAGCAGCGCUGGUUUAAGUCGGGAGCUUCAGAACCUUUUUUUUCAGGCGGAUUGAAACAGCUAUGCACAUUUUUAUAUCCAGAUUUAGUCAAAAAUAUUAUAAACAUGAAUAAAAACACGUGUCUGGUGCGCAAAGGCCUUCCUAUGACGUUCAGUUGUAGGGUUUUAGCUUUGUUGUCGUCACAUUGUUGCUCUGAAUGUUUGUUUUUUUCUUGCGAGUCUCAGAUGAAUGUGUGAGCACACAGGGCUAAAUCAGUCAACAGUGAACACAAGAUCCAAAAUGCUGUCAUUUAAAAUGAAUGUAAAUGAAGUUUUAUUGAGUUUUACUAUUGAGUCUUGGACAAAACCUUUUAUUUUUAUUUUUAUUUUUUUGCCACAUUUAUUCUAGAAUGCUGUUUGUGUGACUGUAGUCUGGAUUAUCUUUUUUUUCCAUCUUUACCCUGAGGUGUAACAAUGGACGUAUUUUUCCUGUUUUCAGGGGGGAAAGUAUGAAAAGGUCGGCAUGGGAACAUAUUUUGUCACAUUUUUUUAAUACAUUUAAUAGUUGAGACUCGAAUGUUUCAGCUAAUUGGAUAAAUAUGCUAUAUGAGUUAAGUUUUUAGUUUACAUUGUCAAGACAUUGUCGUAUACAUUUUAAUUUUUGAAUCAGAAAUUUGUGUCUUGUGGUCAAAAUGUAAAUCUCGAAUUGUGAAAUCUGAGUUUUUGACAAAUAUGAUAUAGAUUUGUCUUAGUUUUAUUCUAAUUAUAGAGUUUUCCCCACUCUCAAUAGUUUUAAAAUUUCGAUUUUCAUGCCUCACAUUUCAUAGUUUCCCCCAGCGUUUGCGACCUUACACGCGCCGCCUCGGUGUGAAGGUGUUUCUUCUCGUCUUCUUCAGGUUCAGGUGGAGGUUGGUCAGUGUGUAGAUAAUAUAAAAAAAGCUCAGCAGGUUGGAACAUAGUUAGAAAAGCACAGUGAAGCUUUUUUUUUUUAUACGCUUUCACCAAACAGUAGAGUCAGCUCAAAAAGCAAUAGAGCGCGUGGGUGUGGUUUCAUUGAUGAUGUCGCAGUGAGUGAGUGAGUGAACGAGUGAGUGAAAUGUGAGGAUGUGAUCACGGAUGAGGACAAAAAAAACGAUGCAAUGUGAAAUGCAUGUUGUUUCUACUAAAGCGAUGCCGAGGUGAGUGUGUUACGUGUGUGAGUGUGGGUUUGGGGGCUGGGAAGGUGGGUGUACAUUAUUUAAACCACUGUUCUCUCUGUGGCGUGUGGCUGUUUUUGUUUUCUGCUAUUUGACAAUGAAUUACUCUGCACUUAA